UGUACACUGUUUCCCUACGCGGCGCAUGCGCAUUGCUUUUUUGUUCGUCCAGCUGCAGUAAGCAGUAAGAUGGAUACAGGGGAGGGUAAUGCCCAGCGGCCUAUUACUUUGGGCAUUACAGUGGAAGACUUCAGCAAUGAAGCUUCUGUCCCGGAGACAGAUACAACUAACACCAUCCAGACCCCUCCCAAAGAUGACAUCCUGCUCCAACAGGACAGCAUUGACCUGGGUGCAGGGGAAUUCGUCACUCCACAAGAGGACAGCAGUGCCACACUUUCUGAGAGCCUGAUGGACAGACUCAAUGACCAGAUGAUGGAGAGUGUCAUGAUCUCUGACUCGCCCAAUAACAGUGAGGAGGAUGAUGUGGGUCCUAUUGACUCCUUCCUGGAUGGUGGGCUGGAGGAGAAUGGAUCCUCAGGGAACAAAAAGGAAGAAAGUGAAAUUGGACAGAAUACAACUGAGAUUAAGGUGCCAGUGGAUCAAAAGGAGCAAGAAUGUACCAAAGAUGACAUAAAAGAAGAGAUUGACAUAGAAGAGCAAAUUCAAAUAGUGGUUUCACCUCAGAGUGAAGCACAUAGUCCUGUUGUUAUCAAGAGUGAGGAGCCAGAACAUCAGUCACCCAAAGGGACUAGUCCUAAAGAUGAGCCUGUGCCAGUGUGCACCAUAUUUAGCCAGGGCACACAGCCAAAGUCCCUGGCACCUGAUGGCUUUCAGCCUACUCUGAUCAAGUCCCCUAGUUUUACCAUGGGGAGUGGUGGAGGCAGUGAUGAAGCAGUGACUCCCAGUAAGAUGACUGCCCCGCUGGUGUGCCAGCCCAGCCCAAGUCUUAGUAAGUUCUUUACCGAUAACGGACAGGCCAAUCCAGCCUCUGACUUCUUUGAUUCCUUUACUGCCCCAUCUUCCUUCAUUUCCAUCUCAAACCCUAACGCAGAUGUGUCUCCCGCUUCCACCCCUGCACCCUUAAGCUUCACACCCGAGCACCAGCGCUCUUCUACUUCCUCCUCAAUUUCCACCCCAGGAGGACUUUUGGACUCCGGAGCUCCUACGCCUGUCUCAGUGUUUGGCCCCACUGUCACUGAACCAACCACCAAGCCCCAAUCUCCUAUAUCCCAAACUGUCCCAUCUCUAAAUCUCGCUAGUUCAACUCCUCAAGCACAGCCCUUUAACCAGCUCCAGGCUGUAUUCUCGGGCACCGAUGACCCAUUUGCAACAGCACUGAGCUUAAGUGAGGUGGACAGGCGUCAUGAUGCCUGGCUGCCAUGCGAGGAGACGAGGAAGAUGUUAAUCUCUGUUGCCACCCAGCAGUACGGCCCAGCAUACGUAGACACCAACAGACUCACAAUGCCUGGAUUAAAGUUUGACAACCUGCAGGGGGAUGCUGUGAAAGACCUAAUGGUUCGUUUCCUGGGAGAGCAGGCAGCCAUGAAGCGCCAGGUUCUCACCGCCAGCUCAGUGGAACAGUCCUUUGUUGGCCUCAAACAGCUGGUUAGCAGCAAGAACUGGCGGGCUGCCGUGGAUCUGACGGGCCGGCUGCUGACAGCUCACGGUCAGGGCUACGGGAAGGCGGGCCAGCCAACCUCCCACACCACCGACUCACUGCAGCUCUGGUUUGUGCGGUUGGCCCUUCUCACCAAGUUGAACCUUUUCCAGAACGCGGAGUUGGAGUUUGAACCCUUUGGCAACCUAGAUCAGCCCGAUCUUUAUUACGAGUACUACCCAAGUGUUUACCCUGGGAGGAGAGGAUCAAUGGUACCGUUCUCCAUGCGACUGCUGCAUGCCGAGCUUCCUCAGUACCUGGCCAAGCCCCAGGAGGCUCUGGACCGCCUGCACAACCUCAAAACCGUCUGCCUUGCUAUCCUGGAAAAUUUGGAGAAAGGCUCGGCCGAGGAUGGCAGCAUGAUCACCCUCACACAAGAGAAUAGGCAAGCGUCUCUAAAACUGUGGAGGUCUCGUCUCAGUCGGGUCAUGUACUCCAUGGCCAACUGCCUGCUGCUGAUGAAGGACUACAUCCUGGCUGUGGAGACGUACCACUCCAUCAUCCAGUAUGAACCCCAGCAGCGAGUGCAGCUGCUCAGCGGUAUCGGACGCAUCUUCCUGCAGGUCGGAGACGUGAAGAUGGCGGAGAUCUACUUCCAGGAUGUGGAGAAAUCCUGCCAGAUGAAAGCGAGAGACCCGACUCACACCACGUGUGUUUUGAUGAACAG